AUGGACGCAAGUGGUAAAGCGUUAUGCACGCAUGUUGUCGUCCUGUAUAAACCUGGUGCUAGUCUGGAUUUCAAAAAGAUAAAAGAGAAUGUCAAACCAGGAUCAUUUGAUGCCAAAGUGCAUUGCAGGCAUUUGUUAGGUGGUGCUCUCGGACAGCCCGGAAUCUCGGGAACAUUAUCUCUGAAACCAAAUCCCCCCAUCACUCCUCAAACAACAGCUCUCUCAGGACCAACUGUUGGGAAAACGCCAACAGUAGAACCUCCAAAGAACACCAGGAGACUACCGACCUCAGGAACACCACCAGGAACACCAGGAAGACUACCGACCUCAGGAACACCACCAGGAACACCAGGAAGACUACCGACUUUAGGAACACCACCAGGAACACCAGGAAGACUACCGACUUUAGGAACACCACCAGGAACACCAGGAAGACUACCGACCUCAGGAACACCACCAGGAACACCAGGAAGACUACCGACCUCAGGAACACCACCAGGAACACCAGGAAGACUACCGACCUCAGGAACACCACCAGGAACACCAGGAAGACUACCGACCUCAGGAACACCACCAGGAACACCAGGAAGACUACCGACCUCAGGAACACCACCAGGAACACCAGGAAGACUACCGACCUCAGGAACACACCAGGAACACCAGGAAGACUACCGACUCAGGAACACCACCAGGAACACCAGGAAGACUACCGACUCAGGAACACCACCAGGAACACCAGGAAGACUACCGACCUCAGGAACACCACCAGGAACACCAGGAGGACUACCGACCUCAGGAACACCACCAGGAACACCAGGAAGACUACCGACCUCAGGAACACCACCAGGAACACCAGGAAGACUACCGACUUUAGGAACACCACCAGGAACACCAGGAAGACUACCGACUUUAGGAACACCACCCAGGAAAACCUGGGAACACCACCAGGACACCGACAGAACACCACCCACCUUAGGAACACCACCGACACCAGCAACACCACCCACCUUAGGAACACCACCGACACCAGGAAUACCACCGUCUCCAGGAACACCACCCACCUUAGGAACACCACCCACCUUAGGAACACCACUAAAAUCAAAACUAGCUCUCGCUCCAACUGCAACGCAAACCGAUGAUGACUUUGAAAAGAAAGCUUUAUUACAGCAUAAUAUAUUUCGGAAACGACACGGCGCCAAACCUUUAGUACUAGAUCAAAAACUAUGCAAAGAAGCCAAGGCGUAUGCGAAGAAGUUAUCUGAACGUGGGGCUGACAAACAACCAACACACUCGUUGCCAGCAAGCAGGGCUAACCAAGGUGAAAGCUUGUUUGUUGGAUGUAACGCAAACAUUGACAGUGCAGACGUUACAAGAAUUUGGUACAAUGAAGUCUGCCACUUUGAUUUCACAACGUACAAAUCAACAGGAGUCGCCCCAACUGGACACUUCGCUCAAAUUGUGUGGAAAGGCAGCAAGAAAUUUUGUAUUGCGAGAGAGUUCAGAGGUGACAAUCACGGUCGAUGCGUCUACGUUGUAGCAAGAUACAGCCCUAGGAAGAUGCUUGGGUUAGAAGAGGACAACAUUGAUAAGGGAAGAUUUACCCCAGCCGUAUGUAGAAUUGAGAAGAAGAAUAGUAAAGGAGCCACUCUUACUCAAACAAUUCAACAAUUUAUAUUAGACGCCGUAAAGGCACACAACGAGUACCGCUUGAUUCAUGGUGUUUCACCAUUGGCAAAUGAUAUCACGUUGAACGUUGGAGCUCAAAAGCAUGCAGAAAAAUUAGCCAGAAAAUCCAUCAACGACGUGACGAUGUCGAAAAAGUUGGGAGAAAGUAUUUAUACAAGUUGCAAUAGUGUUAUUUCUGGACGAUCCGUUACUGAGGCAUGGUAUUGGGAUGUGUGUAACUAUGACUUUAUCAAGAGAAAAUCGAAAGAUGGCAUAGCAGACCAUUUUACUCAACUGGUAUGGAAAGGAAGUUCAAAGGUUGGUUUUGGUGUAGCGACUGGAGCGGAAAAGGGAAAAACGUGUGUCUUUGUCGUUGCAAGGUAUUUCUUGCCGGGAAAUGUUGCAGGGCAAAAUAAGUUCAAUGUUUUCAAAGGUACUUUUACUGAGAUGCAAUGUAAAGCAAAAGUAGGCACGCCAUCGCUAGCUGAUUCAACGAUGACGUCAACAUCAUAUACUUUAUCUGUGAAUGAUGAUGGUGCCCAAAUAUUUGGCACUUCCAAUGAUGGAACAUCUCAACUAGACGUUGGUAAACAACCAGCAGCUAUUAGUACCCCCCCAGUUUCGUCUGGUACACCAUCAAACACACUGACACCAGCUAUUCCCGGUACGGCUGGUGAAUCACCAUCGUUUACGGAUAAUCAACCACAACAACUUAUGAUGGGCAAAAAUACGAAUACAUUUGGUGACAAACCAUUCAACACUGGUCCAUCAAAACAAAUCUUUGCUCCAACUUCCAGUGGUAACCAAGCGCCGGCCCCUACAACCCUUGGUUAUCCAUCUAACACUGGUCCCUCUAAACAAAUUUUACGUCCAGUUAUUACAAACAAACCAUCACAAAGCAAUACCAACAUUCACCCAGGGUUAUCAUCUCCACCGCCAUCAACCAGUGCUGGUGCUGCGACUAACCUAUCACCAUUACCACCAACUAGUACCAAUGCUGCACCCAAACCCUCAUCAUUACCAACUAGUGCUACCACAGCAGCAAACCCUUCACCAUCAUCACCAACUAUUCAAAAUGGUGUCAACCUCAAUAAACAUCUGUAUCCUAACCUAAGCUAUAAAAUUGGUAGUGGUUUGGUACACAACGAUAUGGAUGAUGGAAUGGAUGAUUCGGAAUCUAUUUGGCCCGCAUUUAGUUCCACAAUGAAAAAGGACGAAGAAUCUAUGUUUGAGGACAUAAAUAAAUACGAACACGAUGACCUUGCCGGAAAUAUGAACAAAGCGUUUAAGGAAGAAGAGUCUUUGGAUGAUAAUAUGGAAGAUGAGAUGGACGAUAGUAUGGAAGAUGAUAAUGGCAAAGUUGGACUAUAUAAACAGGGUACACAGGUCCAUAGUAGUCAGCUUAAUCAUACCAGAGCAACUGGUCAAAAUCCACCUCUGAUGAUUAACCGAUUUAUUCAUCCAUGGGGCAACCAAUAUUCAAAACACCAUUACCGCAACCCAGAUAUCUUGGAAGAAUAUUUGUCAAAGAAUGGUAAAAGCGCUCAUGAGACUAAGUCGGAUGAAUAUCGUGUUGGAACAACUUCAGCGGGUUCGAGAAUGACUUCGUGGGAUGAUCAGGCUUUGGCGAAGGAUGGGACGUUGGACACGAGUAGUACAGAUGAGGAUCUCUAUGGGGAUAUGAUGCUUGAAUAUAAAGAUCCUUAUGGUAGCAUAACUAAGACGUCAUAUCAGGAUAACACGGGUAUGGAUAGUACAUUUAGAGGUCAAAACGAAGAGAUGAACAAGGGUAUUGAUAGUACUUUUUUGGAUACUAGUCCUACACAUGGGAAUACGAUGAGUAUGUACAAGGAUACCGAAAGCAAAACAUACUCUAAACAAUCUGAGGAUAACAUGGGAUAUCUUGAUUCAUCAUUACAAGGGAAGGAUUCAACAGGACUACAAGGGAUGAAUGGCCUAAGCUCUGAGGGUGGAGUGGGGUUGCCUGUACAUGAAUAUCCACAUGGACCCGAAGAACGAGGUUCUUCGUCGUAG